UUCAGUUUUUAAUGGGCCAUUAGAGUUAAAAGGAAACCCCAUCUCUGAUCUCUCUCUGUCUUCUCUCUGUUUUUGUGGUCUCCUUUAAACCCUCCCUGUCUUUUGCCACAGUACAUUCAAAGCGGUGAUCUUCGUUGGGGAUUUUCAGACCAACCAUUUUCUUUUCUUUUUUACCCCUCUUCUUCAUUUACAGCUUCUCUGUCAUUAUUCGGCUACUUUUGGGAUUAUGCACGAAACCCAUUUCAGGAACUCUUCAAAAGCUCUGUUUUUUUUUCUAGAGGGACUGUGACAGAGCCUGGAUAUCAAUGGCGAAUUGGAGCAGCGUCCCGAGAAAAAGCAAUGGCUUCAGUGAAGAAUUGGAAGAAGGAGAAGUAUGGAAUUCUGUUGAAGAAAGAGAAGAUUCUUCAGAUUUUAACUCUAGAAAGUCCACAGAUUAUUACUACUCAUCUUCUAAUUCUUCUUCUUCCACCACGUGGCGUGUACCCACUGCUCCAAAAAUGAUCCCAAAAUCCAUUUCAACAAGAACCCACGAAACCCAGAUGGCGGCAAAUCGAUCCUCUGCUCCGGUGGACAUUCCCGAUUGGUCCAAAAUUUACGGCAAAAUGGGCUCAUCGGCCGGCGACCGUUCCUGCGGAAAAAAUGACGACGGUGACCAAUACGGCGGUGAAGAAGACGACAUGGUGCCUCCCCAUGAAUGGAUUGCUCAGAAAUUGGCAAGAAGCCAAAUUUCGUCUUUCUCUGUGUGUGAAGGGAUCGGAAGAACUCUCAAGGGGAGAGACCUCAGCAAAGUUCGAAACGCCAUUUUAACAAAGACUGGUUUUUUAGAGUGAUGUUUAACAGUCUCUGCUUUCUAAACCUAAACGGCAGAGACGAUCAUCAUCGUUUUGUUCUGCGUUUUUCUUGUUUGCUUACUGCAAUUUUUGUGGUCUCUUAGAACUUAGAACAGAGUUUCUAGAAAGAAAAAAGAUGGAGAAUUUGCAGUG